GGCCUGGGGCCGUCAGAGGCGGUGUCAGGGGAGGCGGUGGCUCCAGAGAUGGCAGUGAGCGAGAGGAGGGGGUUCGCCCGCGGGAGCCCCGCAGAGUUGGGGCAGCAGCUACUUCUGCUGUUGCUGUUGGGCCGCUGCUCUGGGCGCAUCCACCGGCUGGCGCUGACGGGGGAGAAGCGACCAGACAUCCAGCUGAACAGCUUUGGCUUCUACACCAAUGGCUCCCUGGAGGUGGACCUGAGCCUCCUGCGGCUGGGUCUUCAGGAGACAAAAGAGAAUACCCCACUGGUGGGGUUCAGCCUAACCCGGGAUCGAUCUGGCAGCGUUCGAUCCUCCUCAACCCAGGACCCCAACGAAUGUCCUCUCCAGAAAAACAGUAGCAAUCUUCUGGCUCUAUUCCUUAUCAACACCAAGGAUCUGCAGGUCCAGGUGCGAAAGUAUGGGGAGCAGAAGAAGCUAUUUAUCUCCCCUGGGCUCCUCCCUGAAAUGCCAUCCGAACCAGGACUCCCAAAGCCAGAGCACACAGUCACACCCAAGAAUGACAGCGGGACCACCACUGUGCUCGACAAGGUAAAGUCAAAGCCUGCAGCAUCCCAAGGAGACCAGCAGGGCCUCACUGGGCAGGAAAAGGAGCUGGUGUUGGGCCUGGGCCAUCACAACAGUUCCUACAACUUCAGCUUCCAUGUGGUGAUCGGCUCAAGGGCCGAGGAAGGCCAGUACAGCCUCAGUUUCCACAACUGCUACAACCUGAUGCGGGGACAGGAGCAGCCAUUCGACAUGACAGUAAUGAUCCGAGAGAAAAACCCUGAGGGCUUCCUGUCAGCGUCGGAAAUUCCCCUUUUCAAGCUCUACAUGGUCAUGUCUGCCUGCUUCCUGGCUGCCGGCAUCUUCUGGGUGUCUGUCCUCUGCAAGAACACGUACAACGUGUUCAAGAUCCACUGGCUCAUGGCGGCCCUGGCUUUCACCAAGAGCAUCUCGCUCCUUUUCCACAGUAUCAACUACUACUUCAUCAACAGCCAGGUCCACCCCAUCGAGGGCCUCGCUGUCAUGCACUAUAUCACACACCUGCUGAAGGGCGCGCUCCUCUUCAUCACCAUCGCCUUGAUCGGCUCAGGCUGGGCCUUUGUCAAGUACGUCCUGUCUGACAAGGAGAAGAACAUCUUCGGGGUCGUGAUCCCGCUGCAGGUGCCUCUUGGGCCCCAGGUGGGCAGAGGGGUGGGCAUGCCUGCUUGCAUG